GCAAAUUCUCCACAUGCUCAUAUGAUGCUCAAACUCCAACACCACCUUCUCAAACAAAUCCACGCCCAAUUUCUCAGAACCCAUCUCUCUCACCCCACGACAUUCACCUUCAACACCAUUAUCAAAAAACAAGCUCAAUCCAAUUCACCCACCAUCGCCAUUCUUUGCUAUAACGCCAUGCUGCAUGGCGGCUUCGCCCCCAAUAAAUACACGUUUCCCCCUCUUAUAAACGCCUGCUCACACCACCUCUCUCCUCUUGACCUUGGUAGGCAGGCCCAUGCUCAUGUAAUUGCAAAUGGGUUUGGUUCAUUCGAUGGUUUUAUACAGAGUGCAUUGAUUCAAAUGUACGCUUUGGGCCUUGACAUGGGCUCGGCUGGAAAGCUUUUCGAUGCCACUUUAGAAAGAGAAAGAGAUGUGGUGGUUUGGACUGCUAUGGUUGAUGGGUACACCAGGGGUGGUGAUGUUGAAUGGGCAUUGAGAGUGUUUGAUGAGAUGCCUCAAAGGAAUGUCGUGUCGUGGAGUGCUAUAAUAGCAGGUUGUGUGAGGAGUAGCAUGUUUAAGGAGGCCUUGGAGCUGUUUCAAGAUAUGCAGGUUACAAGAAUGAUCCCAAAUGAGUCCAUAAUGGUGAGUGUGCUCACAGCUUGUGGGCAUUUGGGUGCUCUCAGUCAAGGCCUAUGGAUCCAUGCCUAUAUCAAAAAGAGCAACCUCCCUCUAAAUGUGAUCCUUGGAACCGCGCUUGUUAGCAUGUACACCAAAUGUGGGUGCAUAGACCAGGCACUAAACAUAUUCAGAAAGAUUGAUAACAAGGAUGUAAAAUGCUGGAAUUCCAUGAUCUCGGGUCUCGCCACCAAUGGAGAUGCACACGGAUCAGUCAAUCUCUUCUAUGAAAUGCGGAAGGAAAUAAAUAUAAAACCAAAUGAGAUCACUUUUGUAGCCGUAUUAACAGCAUGUACACAUGCUGGUUUGGUAAAAGAGGGCUAUGGAUUAUUUGAUUUAAUGGCCAAUUCCUACAAGAUUGAGCCUAAGCUUGAGCACUAUGCAUGCAUGGUUGAUCUUCUAGGCCGUGCAGGCCGAUUAGAUGAGGCUUUGAGCCUAGUUGAAUCGAUGCCCAUGAAAGGAGAUAUCAAUAUAUGGGGUGCUUUAUUGGGCGCUUGUAGACUUCAGGGAAAUGUAGAUGUAGCUGAUCGGGUAGGGAACUUUUUGAUAGAAUCGGGUAGUACCCAUUGUGGGUCCUAUGUUCUCUUGUCAAAUAUAUACAAUGGGGCCGGCCGCCAUGAAGAUGCGAGAAGGGUGAGAACGUUGAUUGUAGAAAGAGGGUUGAGCAAGACACCAGGGUGUAGCUCAAUUGAGGUUGAUGGGAAUGUUGAGGAGUUUCUGGCAGGUGGCUUUUCGCAUCCAAAGGGAAGAGAGAUUUUCAAUACUCUUGCAUCAGUCACAAGAGUGUUGCAGAUGGAGGGUGGUUAUGUUCCACAGAGGUCGCAGCUUCAAAUGGAUGGCCUCGAUCAGGAAGAUAUGGCUUUAGAGUCAUAGGAAUAGGAUGAGGAAUGGGAGUGAAAUGAUUCUUACAGAGUGAGAAGUUCUCUCCCAACUGCGAAAACCAAGACCAAGACCACAAGUUCACCUCUUUCUCAAUUCAGUACAUCUUUCAAUAUGGCAGGACCAUUAAAGAAUGGGUAAAAUGACCCAUUGGAAGUAGAGAAACAUUCAUGAACCUCUACCUCCAUUCCAUUCCUUGAUCAACAAGGGCAUUCUUCUCCAACCGAUGGGAGAAAGAAAUAAUCAGAACCAAAAUCAAUAUAACACAUUUUUCUUCUCUCCUUGUCCAUAUGUAACGUGGUUUAUAUGUCGUCGAAAUCAAUGAAGAGAUUUAUUAAUGAGAAGAAAAAAAAUGACAUCACUUUGCA